AUGGCCCAUCAGACCCUUUUCCUGCUAAAAUCGCCGUCCACAGAUCACUGGAAGCUUCGCCUCCGCCAUUUUAUAACUUACCUCCCCCCUCAGCGUACACAGAGGCAGCAACGAGACUGUUCGCCUCCCUCACUCCUCCUUCCUUCUUUCUCAGGCCGGGGGCUUCUUCACCCCUGGGCUGGUACAAGAUAUUUUCCCCUUCCUCUUCUUUACACCCUUGAAUUCUACUCAGGGACGGAAGCUCCCGCGGUUCUAGAGCGGUGGGGGGUUUUGAAAGUGGCGGUCGGAUCCGGCGGGUUUUUUUUUCUUUUUUUUUUUCUUUUUUUUUCUUUUUUUUUUUUUUUUUUUUUUGGUGGCGCUUCGGGAUUGUUUGGGGUGUUCGCUCUUCGGCGACUUGGAGGCGAAUGGAACGCGCAGGCGCCAUCUGUCGGCCACGAACCCGCGCUCAGCUCCUGUUGGGAGGGAGCGGCAUCUAGCGGUAGAGAGCUGGCACUGCAACGCUUGUCUCCCAGCGUCCUCCUCCCUAUCACCGACCAAUCGUGGCCGACUGCCUCCCGGGUUCAGCGUCUCCGACGCCGUCUGCGAACAAGGCGCCCGCAGGGGCGCGCCGCCGAGUGGGGUAAACAAGGUGCCGUGCCCGCGCCUGACUUACUCAUUCGUUUGGCAGCGCUUCCGCCGCGGACCGAAGUGGGCCUCGUUUCCUCUUUCUUUAAUGGGGUGGGGGGGCGCGCCGAGGGUCGAAAGGAGGUCGUUAGGGAUGUCCGGCAGAGCCCCGGACCGUGGGAAAUCGGAAACCGGGCUCGCUCGGGACUCGUCCCCCGGGCCCUUGCGCCCCGCGCGCAGCCCGAGGUUGGCAGCCCAGUCCGGCAUCACCCUUCCCUGUCCCCUCUGACACGCCCCAGCGAGGGGCCUUCCGUCCUAGUUCCCAGACCCUCGCUUCCCCGCGGUCCCUACUCCUUACCACCAAAACAACUCUACUCGCGGAACUCUGGCACCUGAUCUUAAGUGAUAUAGGGGGUUUGCUUUUUGAGUUUCUGUUUUGUUUUGUUUGCUUUCUGCUUCGGCUGUGGAGGGAAAGCAAGCCGAUUCUCCACCAGGAAGACUUGACACGGGAGAAAAAAAAAUUGUUUUUUUACAGCCCACUAUUCCUGUCUCCCAGAAAACGUGGUCUUUCUCUCUAGGGUCUAAGAGACUUAAGGAACUGGGCUACGAGCCUAGGCCGGGCGCUCGACCAAUUUAUUGACUCCUGGGGCGGGGUGGGGGGAAGAAACGGGACGGAGCAAAGUGGAGGGAAUUCGAAAUUUGGGCUGAAGAAGUCGAGGGGUACCUACCCCGUUUUCCCCCGCCUUCCUCGAUUAUCCACCGUGUUCCUGGAAACGUGGGACCCGGCGGCCUUGCGACUUUGUUAAGAAUUUUGGCUCCUUCUUAUCCUGCUUCUUCACCCCUCCUCCAAGCCUCCCGGACCUUUAACCGAGAGCUCUCUACGCGGGGGAGAAAAAAACUCAGGGAGGGCCUGUCCCCUCCGAAAGCGCCGCUUUUCCUAGGACAGGAAGAAGUGACCUUUUACAGUGUCUCCAUUGCUGUUAAAGAAGUUCUCGGAUUCAUACAAUAGUGUAUAGCUAAGAGCUCUUAGUUCCUCUUUCUUUUUUUAAAAAUUUUUGGUUUGAAUAUUCCUUUAAUAUUACCUUUUAAUUAGAAGAAAAGGAAUAAAUGUAUUUAAUAACAAGACAAAUUUUCUAAAUGACGAGAAACCAAAGACCCUUGUGAAUCGUGGAGAUUUCACCCGGUAUCACCUCUAAAGCAUUCCUAAUGCAAUAUAAUGAUUAAUCUCAGCCCUCAAAUUAUAUUCCACACUUGUUUUAGUUUCCCAUUCUCUGUGCUUACUGUUUUUUUCCUGCAACUUCAAAAAAGAGUUAUGGUAUAUUUAAUCAACUGAACAAUAAAAGUUAAACAGAAACAUCUAAAUAUCAAUAACAAAUAAAAUCCGA